AUGGCUGAAGUCACCUCCGAACCGCAGGUCACCUUUGCCUCUGGCAGAGUUGGUGAUGACGGCAAGGCCGACUCGCCGCCUGAGCUGAGGAUCCUCCACUACAACGACGUCUAUCACCUCGACCCUUCCAGCGCCGAGCCCGUGGGCGGUUUGCCUAGAUUCAUCAACGUUUGCCGCGAGUACCAGAACGGAGAGCAGUAUGAGGACCAGCCCAAGGUUCUGACCCUCUUUUCGGGAGACGUGUUCAACCCCAGUCUGGAGAGCACAGUUACAAAGGGUCAACACAUGGUUCCGGUGCUUAACAUGAUUGGAACGGACUGUGCUUGUGUAGGGAACCACGACUUUGACUUUGGAGUCAAGCAGUAUGAGAACCUCUCGAGCCAGUGCAACUUUCCCUGGCUCCUCGCCAAUGUCAUCGACCCUGACCUGGGAGAGGAGAUUCCUCUUGGAAACGCAAAGAAGACACACAUGCUCACCACUUCCAACGGCAUCAAGGUUGGCCUUAUCGGAUUGGGAGAGCGUGAGUGGCUUGAGACCAUCAACAGUCUUCCGCCUAACCUUGAAUACCGAUCCGCCACGGCUGUGGCUAAGGAGCUCGUGCCGCAGCUGAGGGAGCAGGGUGCAGAGAUCAUCAUCUGCCUGAGCCAUCAGCGAGAGCCCAACGAUGAUAAGUUGGCUCAGCAGACUGAGGGACUCAUUGACAUUAUCCUCGGAGGUCACGAUCACUACUACGCUCACAACUUUGUCAACGGAACCCAUGUGCUGCGUUCUGGUACUGACUUUAAGAACCUGAGCUACAUUGAGGCGAGGAGAAAGCCUGAUGACCCUACGAGAUGGGACUUUGACAUUUGGCGACGGGACAUCACGUCUACUAUCGAGGAGGAUCCACCUACUCUGGAGCUGGUUGACGAGCUUGUAUCCAAGCUAAACAAGUCUCUGGCCAAGCCAGUUGGAUGGACGGCUACUCCCCUCGACGCACGAUUCAGCACCGUUCGUACCAGAGAAUCCAACAUGGGCAACUUUGUCUGCGACGUCAUGAGACAGCAUCAUAACGCCGACUGCACAAUCAUGGCCUCGGGCACCAUCCGCGGCGACCAGAUCUACCCCCCGGGAGCGAUCCGUAUCAAGGAUAUCACGACGUGCUUCCCGUUCGAGGAUCCUGUCGUGCUGCUCCGCGUCACGGGGCAAGCCAUCUUUGACGCGCUCGAGAACAGCGUGUCCAUGUACCCAGCGCUUGAAGGCAGGUUCCCUCAGGUGUCCAACAUUCGCUUCGAGUUUGAUCCCUCGCGGCCGAGGGGUAACAGGGUGCUCUGGGCGGAUAUCUGCGGGGCGCCGUAUGAACCUGAGAGACUCUAUGAUGGAUUCACCAGUUUGCUAGUCAAGUCCGAGGGCGGCGAGUGUGAAGAGAUCAUCGAGGAGGAAAACGGCAUCCUCAUCUCAGCCAUGCUCCGACAAUACUUCAUGGGUCUUCUGACUGUGGGCAAGUGGAAGAACCUGGCCCAGCACUGGGUCAACGUGGCCGAGCGCUGCGAGACCCCCAUGUCCCCCGUAAAGACUUCCUUUACUAACGUCGACUUUCCCAACCUCACCUCGCUGGCCGAGAAGCUUCCCGAGGAGGAAAAGACCGAGAAGCUUCCCGAGGAGGAAAAGACCGAGAAGCCCGCUGCCAAGGACCCUUGGGGUCGAUUCCUGAAGAGACGGUUCAGCAUCAAUGUUAGACCUCAUAAUGAGAAUGAUGGUGAAGAAGAGGUAGAGGAGGAGGACAAGGAAGAGAAGGAGGAGGAGCCUGAGGAGGAGGAGCACGAGGAUCCUGCAGCCUACAGACUCGACUUUGAGAUUCUCAUUAUGCGCAAGUACUGGGCAAAGUGGGUUCUCAAGGCCGGUGUCAAGGCGAGCGUCUGCGAUCCUCUCGACAUUACAGUCGAUUGGACACGAUGCAUCGCUCCAGUUACGGAUGGAAGAAUCAUCAUGGUUGGUGCAUAG